AUGGAAGAUUUUUCUAACGGAAAGUCCAAAAAAUUAAAACGUCAUAUACAUAUAUAUAAACUGGAACCUAGUCCAAGUGAAAUACGUCGUGAUUUUCUAGUAAAUCAAUUAUUAACAACAGCCGAACAAUUCCUCGAACGGGAAAAAUUAAUUCAUGCAAUUAAACAAAUUGAUAGUCAACAUAAUACAAUGCUAAGAUUAGAAAUUGCUCAAGAACGUGCUCGCCAUCAAGUUUCUGAGAUUUAUAAGAAGAUCAGAUCAAUUGAUGAGAAUCGCAUUUUAAAAAAUGAAUCCAAUGCAGGCUUAAGUGAUGUUUCAGAUAAAUCUGGAAGCGAUUUCGCAACAUUCAACACAAAAUCUACACUUUCUUCAAAAUUUACGGGAUGUUCAAAAUGUUUGCAAAAAAAUAAAUAUAAAAUGAAAAAUGAGAAAUAUAUAUUUUUGGACGAUCGAUCGACGAGCUUAACAACGUCAGUAUCUCCACCUCGAUUGAAACGUAGCAAAAAAUUGGAUAUUUCAUGUACCAAAACUAAUUACGCAAGUAAUCAAUUCACGGAUUCAUUUGUUGAAAGUAGUGUUGGCAAAUUAAAAUUGAAUAAUAAUUAUAUGUGGGAUAAUUUAAUUCCAAAUAUCAAGUACUUUUUCAACCGUUGCAUGAAAGUGAUUCGAUGUCUUAUUGGUUUCAACAAAUUAUGACGACUAGGUUUAUUACAA